AUGGGCCUGCCACUAACUAGUCUUCAGGCAACACAGGUGGUAAACCAUGUGGGCCAGCAAGUAUCAGCAGCACCUGUAUACCAGCUUGUCUAUUCACCAAACCAGCCUCUGCCAUCAUACGCCCAGCAAUACACUUGCAGUCGUGCAGACUCAGUACCAGCCUGCACCAACAAUACCUGCACAUCAAGCAUACCUGCCUCCCCCAGCUGCGCUGCCACCAACACAUCACCCAUAUACAGCCCUGUAUCUCACCCACCAACCACCAACUGUCACUUUGCAUCAGCGCCCACCUGUUGUCUCUACACAGCCAUCAUAUCAUCCACCAGUGUACCAACUGAUUCAUCAACCACUGUUACUGCACCAGCCUCAGCCACUACCACUGACUCAACCAGUCUACCAGAUGGUGCCUUCAUCAUACAGUACAGCAACACAUCAGCCUGCAUACCCUCUGCAGAUGCAGUAUACGGCUCAGCCUCAGUACACACCACCGCAGCUGCCACUGAAUGCACAGCCUCCUAA